AUGCGUUUGCAAGUACAGCGGUAUGAGUUGGACGUCCAACACAUUCCGGGUAGGGAUAUGUUGCUGGCUGAUGCGCUAUCUCGAGCACACCUUGACGACACAGAUGCCAGCUUACAAGACGAUGUAGAAGUUAUAGUACACUCGUUUACAGAUGCUCUAUCGGUCAGCCCUAGCAAAAUACAACAAGUGGCUGAAGCCACCGCCGAGGAUCAAGACCUCCAGCAGCUCAGGAGUACUAUUAGCAGAGGGUGGCCCGACAGCAUUGCGGACGUUCCUCAAGUCGUUCAGCCAUAUUGGACAUUCAGGAAGGAGCUGCAUGAAGCAAAGGGAAUUCUCUUCAAAGGACACAGAAUUAUCAUUCCUCGGUCCAUGAGAAACGAGAUGCUAGCUAUUAUUCAUGAGACUCACAUGGGAACAGAGAAGAGCAAAGAGCGGGCUAGAGCAGUAAUGUAUUGGCUUCAAAUGACGUGGCAAAUGGAAGACAUAAGCAGCAAGUGCCCCAUAUGUGCGGGAUUUUGA